CGAGGACGUGUUAGGCUUACCACGGAUGGGCUGAAUUGGGCUUUAAUAGUAAGUCCAAGGAGGUAAAGAAGUCCGGGUCGGAUCCGGAGCUCCACGUUAGCGUACGGGUUGAACCGGAUCCGAGGUUUGUGUUUGAGUUCGAUGGUGAGCCGGAGUGUAGUCCUCAGGUUUUUCUGGUCAAAGGAAAUGACAAGCAAGCUGUUUUCACGUCUAAGUUCGGUUUAAGAAACUCCGGUGACCGGAAUCUUUCUAGAUUAUCGUCAUUGACCGCGGGAAAUGAACAUAAUUUGACAGAGAGAAAAGGUUGGUCGGUAACGAUCCAUGAUCUCUCUGGGUCGCCAGUAGCUAUGGCUUCAAUGGUCACACCUUUCGUACCAUCACCUGGUUCCAACCACGUGUCUCGGUCAAGCCCCGGCGCGUGGCUCAUCCUUCGACCUGAUGGUUACACAAUGAAGCCAUGGGGUCGUCUCGAGGCAUGGCGUGAGCCAGGAAUCUCUGACUUUCUAGGUUACCGGUUUGAGCGGUUUCAAGAUAAUAUCGCUACUGUGAUCUCAUCAUCGUCGUCGAUCAGCACAAAAUUAGGCGGGAGUUUCGCCAUCGACGGGACCAUCACCACCGCAGCCACCGUCACGGCUGCUUCUUUGACUCUCUCUGAUGGAAGUUUCGAUCUUUCGUCCGGGUUGAGUACAAGAUCAUCAAGAACCGGUUCUGAAUGCGGGUCGGAUUUCGGGUUUCUUCAGCCCCAAGCACAGCACAACUUCGGGUUUGUGAUGUCGACGACGGUGGAAGGAGUUGAGAAACAGAGCAAGCCUAAGGUUGAGGUAGGUGUGAAGCACGUGACAUGUUUGGAGGAUGCGGCGGCGCACGUGGCUUUAGCAGCGGCUGUGGAUUUAAGUAUGGAUGCUUGUAGACUCUUUACCCACAAGAUAAGGAAAGAGCUGAGACAGCCAAGUAGUGUUGGUGUCGUUUAACGUUUACCGCUUCCGUCGUUUUGGCGUAGGAGAUUAGUUUCUUCUUCCACUAGAAUAAUUUUAGUUUCUAGUGGGAAGAAAGUAGAAAAAUAACUUUAAUUAGAGCUUUGAAUCAAUUGCCACACUCAAACCACACUCAGAAAACAUCAAUGUAUAUGUUUUCUUUAAAGAAACACACAUUUGAAAACUCACAACGGUGAACUGAACAAUAUCAUUAGUCACACUUCAUGUAAACAUUUGAGUUUCCGCUUAAGUUUCUAUGACUUUAUAAA